AUGCAGCUGGUGGAAGUGCAUCUGGCACUGGUAAUGGCGGGGGUGGUGCAGGGUGGGAGAGUUUCCAUUCACAUUGACUUUGCCAAUAAGUUUACAGGUUUGAUAACUACUGGAGGUGGCUUCGGAUCAGGAACAUAUCCGGCAGGAGCCUCGGGCACAGUUUAUAUCCAGGAAAACAACCGAGGGCCGCAGUAUGCAGAGAUUAAGUAUGAUGCAGCUACUAAUACAUACAUCAAAACUGCGACACACAAACGUGUGCUAGUUGAUAACUUUGAUACUGAUAAAGAGCUCUAUGCAAAUCAUGGAAUUCCAUGGAUCUACACAGUUAUUGAGGAAAAGCAACAAGCUGCAUACACUUAUGAUGAACUUGAAUUGCGAGGUCACUCUAAUUUACAGAUUGGCUUCAAAUGUGACAGUGGAUCUGAAACUUUGUUCCCAGAAUGGACUAACAUGUUUGGGUCAAGAUCAUUCUUUGCUGGACUUGUGACCGGGAUUGAGAAGUUCAUGGUACGUAGAGGAGCUGAUGUUCUUUUCUACUCCACUGGUCACACUGCCAAGAUUGAGAAUGGUCAAUACAUCACCAUGACUGACCCUGGUAACUACGAGUUCCCUAUAUUCCAUGUAGGCAGAUUGUCUGUAGCAGAAUUCCAACAUAUCACAACUUCAAUGACUUUGACAAGUGCUGAAUUCCUAGUCAAGCAUCAAGGUCUAUUUUAUAUGAACUUUGCCAAUAUUUUCUCCAGCUAUGCUCAUGUUGAGAGCGAGGCCAUACUUUCCAUGGAUGAGAGAGGGAAUGGACCUGAGAAGGGUUAUGGUAAAGGGACCACAAAGAGUGGUAUUGGUUGUGGUGCUGGCCAUGGAGGUUGGGGUGGCUGCCCUGCACCAGACUAUGGUGGUGAGCCUUUCAACUCUGUCUUUUCACCUGGAAAUGGUGUUUUGUUGGCGACUGAAGAAUUUUCAGGAAGUGGUGGUGGUAAUGGCGGCGGUCAAGGAGGCUCGGGUGGAGGAUUCCUUCUGUGGGAGAUUGGUGACCUUCUGGAGCUGAACGGUGUGUUGUCUCUCAAUGGAGCCGAUGGAGUAGGUGGGAACGCUGGUGGUGGCAGUGGUGGGAGCGUAUUGAUAAAAACGAUGAAUAUGUCUGGACAUGGAGCCAUAUCUGUAAAGGGUGGCAAUGGUGUUGGUUCAGGAGGCGGAGGAUCUGGUGGACGAAUUGGCAUUCACUGUCAGUGGAGAUAUCAAUAUGGAGGAGCAUUCGACAACUAUGGGGGUGAUGGUGGAGCUUCACAAAAACAGGCACACACAGGUGCAGCAGGAACGUCUUAUAGGGAGGAGAACCUCCGUGAGCUGGAGUACAGGUUAAAGAAAUAUGACAAGGUACACAAUACUACUUUUAUGGAAGUAGAUCACAAAAAUGUCACUGUAAUCGGACACAAGUUCCUUGGUGACAAAACAGGCCAGCUCCACACCCGAUCUAAUCAGCAUGUAUAUGUGGAAUAUGUUGAAUCAAUUUUGAACAGAACUGAGGCUGUGUGUAGCUUUAUCAUUGAACAGUAUAGUGAAAUCAUCUUCCCUGAGGAGGUUCAUGUACAAGGUACAAACAGCACAAUAGCAGGAGAGGUGACUGGUGUUCUAGAUCUGAAUAUUGAAAGGGAUGCUUUUGUAGAAUUCAUGUCAACUGCUAACACUGCCAAUCUAAAGAAUGGAGCCAAAGUUAAUAUACAAGAGCCCAGCUACUUCUCGUUCGGAACAGUUACUGUUAAACAAGGUGGUUUGGUGGGUUUCUCAAAAAUCUCUGACAUUAUGCAUCUAGAGGCAGGAAAGGUUGAAGUGCGCUACCAAGGUGAAUUGUAUAUGAAUGAUGCAGAAUUAGAAUCAGGAUUUGCAGAGAUAGAAAGUCAAGGAACAUUCCACCUGAAUGGACAUGGAAAUACACCGGAGAAUGGGCCAGGGGCAGGACGAACUGUUGGUUCUGUUGGCUGUGGUGCUAGUCAUGGUGGCUAUGGAGGUUGUUCUGACCAGUCGCAGGCUACACAUCCUUAUGGUUCUGUUUACUCUCCGAAUGAGCUUGGUAGUGGUGGAGGCAAUGGUCAAGGUACAGGAGGAAAUGGAGGAGGUCGGUUGUUGUGGGACGUUGCUGUUCACUUUGAACUCAAUGGGAUGCUUGCUUUACAAGGAAAUGAUGGUCAGGGAUCAAACGCUGGUGGUGGAUCAGGUGGUAGUCUUCUUGUAAAGACAACCAACUUUACUGGCCAUGGUGAGAUCAAUGUAGCAGGUGGCAAUGGGGUUGGUUCUGGUGCUGGAGCCGCAGGAGGUCGAGUGGGAAUCCAUUGUCAAUAUAGAUACACUUAUGGAGGAAAGUACACCAACCAUGGAGGUACUGGUGCAAGUUCUGCCUCUGGGGCACCAGCUGGAACCACAUUUGUUGAGAACAACAUGCGUCCACUAGAGUACAGAAUACUGAAGUACAUGCCUGGUACAAAUACCACAUACUUCCAGGUAGAUCACAGGUACCUGCACAUGGACAACAUUGGUAAUCUUGUUCCUGGUGCCACUCUUGUCAUGGAAAAUGAAACAAUUACUUAUGAGUUUGAUGAGGUAGAAGUGACCGGGGCAUCCAUAGUACAGAUCUACCAUCCAUUAGACUCUGAAGUCACUGUGACCAUUCACAAAGGCCUUGGGGACAAGACUGGGCAGAUCCACAUGAGAGAAAACCAGACUGUGUUGAUGGAGUAUGUGGAGUCUGAGUCUAAUGUUACAGAAGCUCCUGUCAGUUACUACAUCGACCAUGGAGCAACAAUUAUCAUGCCAACAGAGGUACAUAUGCAUGGUGUUCGUACAAAUCUGUUGGGUUUGUUGGUUGGUGUACAUCAUCUGUACAUUGAAGACAAUGGAGCAGUGUCUGUGUUUGCCACAGCUCAGACAGCCCAACUAUCCAGCGGAAUUAGAACCGACAUUACAACACCAGGAAAUUUCUCUCUCCCCUCCAUGAAGAUCAACUCCUAUGGCAGUAUAGAAUUUAGACAUAUAGCAAACGAUCUGUUCAAUUUGGAUUUUGGAAGGGUGGACCUGAAAUAUAAGGGUGAGCUUUUGAUGAACUAUGGUACAUUGGUAGCAGGAAAUGCAGAUAUUGAGUCUGAGAGUCUGUUUGAUCUAAGAGGAAGAGGUCAUCCAGCACAAACAGGAAAUGGUGCUGUACCAUCCUCCACUUAUGGUGGCAGUCACGGUGGUGUCGGCGGUGGACAAUCUGGAAAUACAUAUGGAUCUGUCUUUACUCCCAAGGAACUGGGAAGUGGAGGUGGAGGAUCAUAUGGAGGAUCAGGUGGUGGAUUUAUCAACUUCAAGAUCGGAAGUCUUCUCCAUGUUGAUGGGGAUGUGAAAGCCAACGGUGCCACACCCACUUCAGGUCACUCUGGUGGAGGAAGUGGAGGUUCUAUAAUGGUAGAAGCCUUCAAUGUGUCUGGUCAUGGCUUGUUUGAUGCCAGUGGUGGGGAUGGAUAUGCUUCAGGAUGUGGUGGAGGUGGUGGACGUAUAGCUAUGCUUGUUGAUGCUGUCAAUCUCUAUGGUGGUGCAUACAGUGCCAAAGGUGGAAGUCGUGGUACAAGUUCCUCAAAUGUAGCUUGUGAUGGAGGGCCAGGUACUAUCUACAAGUAUGAGUCAAGCCGUGGUCCUACGUACAGGGAGCUUAAGUAUAACCCACGCCUUAAUGUCACAACUCUGAAGCCAGAACAUUCCAAACUUACUGUAGAUAACGCAGAUCUGCUGACAGAACAACCGGCAAUGGUGAUGGAAAACGCUACAGUAUAUUAUGAGUUUGAUGAAGUUCAGGUGGAGGGGCACUCUUAUGUUCAUUUUUACCAUCCAUCUAAUGCAGACAACGUCACAGUGAUCAUUAAGGAGUUGACUGGUAACAAACAGGGCUUUGUCAGGGUGCAGAGUAAACAACAAGUUAUAGUUGACUUUGUGGCUUCCACUCACACCUAUUUGGAUGCUCCUUGCGGCUUUCAUGUAGAUACUUAUGGCGAACUUGUCUUACCCACAGAAGUUUAUGUGACAACAGACAAAGUCAUUUUAGGGGGAACCUUGAUAGGUGUAGAAACCCUUACAAUUGAAAGAAAUGCUGAAUUGAUUCUACAAGACGAUGCCCAUACAAGGGAUAUUCGGUCUCUGCAACUGUCCUACCUUAACACUCGGGGUAGUUCUUCCUACACUCCAGGCGACAUCUCAAUUGGCACACUUAGUGUCAACAAUCUAGGUAAACUGACAGUGUCCUUGGAUCCUUUGUUUCCAGAGAUUGCUACAGGAGACCUAACCAUCAAAAAUGGAGGAACUGUAUCUUUGGAGACCCUACAAGUCAUGUUGAACAGCACAAACCUCAUAGUAGAGAACAAUGGUCUGAUAACAGGAAGUGGUUUCGGAUUUACUAAAAAUACAGGAACAGGAGCUGGAACACAGGGCAGCUAUGAUGGAUCUGGAGGAGGUCACGCCAGCAGAGGUGGCACCAGUGAAUCCAAUGCAGCAGGUGGUGCUUACUAUGGUGAAGAGAUGAUGACUACUGAUCCUGGAAGUGGAGGUGGUGGUAGUUCUGGAACUGCUGGUGGCAGUCACAUAUCCAUCAAUGUUGGACAGGCCUUCAGCAUUGAAGGGACCAUUGAGAGUAAUGGAUUAGAUGGUACAAGUACAAUGUAUGCUGGAUCAGGAGCAGGAGGUAGCAUCCUUAUAACUUCCAACAAGCUUCAGGGCUAUGGCACCAUCUCUGUCAAUGGAGGCAAAUCCUACGAGGGUUACUACUCCGGUAAUCACAGCUACUAUCAAAAUGGUGCUGGAUCUGGUGGAAGGAUAGCUGUUAACCUGAAUGAACUGCCAAAUUUCCGCGGAUCAUUGGUAGCACAAGGCGGCCUUGCAAGCAAUGGUGGCUCAACCAAUCAGCAUGGUGGACCUGGAACAGUGUUUAUCAAAUCUACCAUUGGAGACACGGUAUCCCGGUAUCUGUGGAUAGACAACCAGAACCGAGGAACGCUCCUGUCCUGUUCCUUCCCAACCUACGUCAACUCAACAGUCCUACAUACAUUGUACUUACAGAACAGAGCUUGUGUACGACUGUCACAGUCCAAUGUUUUGGUCAGCUACUUGCAUGGUGGAUCCGGUUUACUUUACUUGGAAAACGAGGUUGAAAUGAAUCAAGAAGAGCGUGCCCACUUGAAAGCCAAUUUACAUGUUGUUGCUGGGUCCAAAGCUAUCAUGCCUCCGACCCUGUUUGUUGAGGAAACAUUGACUGCAGAGGGUGGACUCAUUGGAGUGGAGCACUUGUACACUAGAGGAGUGUCCAACAUUAUCAAAACUGGAUACAGCAUCUGCUCAACCAGUAUCACGCUAAACUCCGAGUUCAAUUUCUACACUGUCACGGUUAUGGAUGGUGGACUUCUUAAGUUAACUGAUGAUGACAAGACAACAGCCUCUGGAUUGUCAUUCCGGGCUUAUCAUAUUCAUCUUGAAGACUCUGCUAAGGUGGAAGUUGAGGGAGGUGUAGAAUUCAUCGCUGGUGUGUUUGAUAUGGAAAAAGACUCAACAUUGAAUGGCAAUGAGUUUGGAUAUGAGGCUGGCAGUGGAACUGGAUAUGGCAGGACAUGUGGCCCUGGUACAGGUGCUGGUCAUGGUGGCAUAGGAGGCAGUGCUUCAUGUGGCUGUUCCUGUAGUGGUUCCUGUGUGGGGGGAGCAGCAUAUAGUAAUGCUUGUACGCCAUGGCUUGCAGGAAGUGGAGGUGGUAACUCUGUGUCAGGAACUGGUGGUACUGGUGGCUCUGCUAUACGUGUCAUUGCUAGUCAUGCCGCUUUCAUUGAAGGUGCUAUGUCCAGCAAUGGUGGGUCGGGGACCAAUGCAGCUGGUGGAGGCAGUGGAGGGUCUAUCUGGAUUGACAGCAAUAUCAUAGAAGGCUGGGGGUCUAUCGAUGCUGAUGGCGGGUCCACAGGAUCAUACUGUCAGUCAAGUUGCUGGCAUGGUGGAUGCUGUUGUUACCACGGAGGAGGUGGUGGAGCUGGUGGACGAAUCAGAACUGUCACAGGCAAUUAUACCCAAAAGGUGCUCUACUAUAACCGUGACUCUGGAGGCGGAGGCUCUGGUGGUGUUGGUUCCCUCUGUGAUCACCAUGACGACCAAUGUAGUGGUCACGGAAAUGGCUCAGCUGGAAUCUGCACAUGCGAUUCAGGCUACUAUGGUAAUGACUGCCAAUACAGCUGCGAGUGUGGAUCACAUGGCACAUGUAACAGUGAUGGUAUCUGUGUGUGUGAUCAUGGCUAUAUAGGCUUUCACUGUGAGAGUACAUGUGAUGACAAUACCACUUGUAGUGGACAAGGACAUUGUACCACCUGUGGAUCCUGCCUCUGUAAUGCCUGUUACCAUGGAAGUGACUGUUCGUCCCUUUGCAGUGGUCAUGGCACCUGUGAUGCAGAUGCCUGUCUAUGUGAUGCCUGCCACCUGGGAGAGUACUGUGAAUCAGAAUGUAAUGGACACGGAAGUUGUAACGGCACUGCCUGUAUCUGUCAGUCAGGAUGGUAUGGUGCUAAAUGUACCAUCAAAUCGUGUGGUGGCCUCAACAACAUACCCUGUUCUGGACAUGGGACUUGUCAUGCAGCCAGUCAGACAUGCUUCUGUGAUCCUGGAUGGGAAGGUUCAGAAUGUGAGAACCCUGACUGCCCUGGUGACAUCAACUGUAAUGGUAGGGGUACCUGUAACACAGCAUAUGAGCCUCCACGCUGUACUGACUGUGAUGUUGGAUGGAUGGGACCGGCAUGUGACGAUCCCUGUGUUCACGGUACACCCAAUGCUGACAACACUAACUGUACCUGCAACAGCACCUGUUACCAUGGCUUAGGUUGUAACAUCCAGUGUUCAGAGCAUGGCACGUGUGAUGUCAACUAUGACUGCUACUGUGAUCCAUUCAGUGGCUGGGCUGGCACCCUGUGUGAAAUACCAGGCUGUCCAAGACAUCCCGUCACCCUGGAGGAGUGCAGCAAUCAUGGUACAUGUAACAGCUUCGACCACAUUUGUGAAUGUGAUGCUGCAUGGAAAGGUGCUGCAUGUCACAUAGCAGACUGCCAGGGAGAGCCUGAUUGCCAAGGUCGGGGCCAUUGUGAUGACACACUGAACACUCCAAGAUGUAUCAACUGCACAGGUCCCUGGAUGGGCGUAGGUUGUGACGAGCCAUGUGUCAACGGCACUGAGACCCCCAUGAAUGCAGGAACAUGUGUUUGCGAUACUGGAUUUGCAGGUGUUGGGUGUGACUCUGAGUGCUCUGGCAACGGAGUAAUUACAGGUGGAGCCUGUGUGUGUGACUAUGUCACUGGUUGGAAGGGACCCCUGUGUGACAUUCCAGGUUGUCCUGGACUUUUCAACCUUGACUGUUCCAACAGAGGAACUUGUAACAAUGCUUUGCACCUUUGUGACUGUAAACCUGGCUGGAUGAACAUCGGUUGUGAGGAUGCUGACUGUCCGGGGACACCUGACUGUAACAGACAUGGCUCCUGUAAUUCUACUCUCGACCCUCCCGAGUGCAUGUGUACAAGUCCGUACUUUGGUGCUGACUGCGGUCUGGUGUGUGACCACGGGACCAUCUUCCCAACAUUCAGUGAUAACUGUACAUGUGAUCCAGGCUGGGUAGGAAUUGAGUGUGAUGCUGAGUGCUCCCUGCAUGGGUCCUUCAAUGGCACCAUGUGUAACUGUGAUGUAAACUGGCGUGGAGUUGUCUGUGAGAUGCCUGGAUGUCCAGGAAUUGGUGAGGACUGUACUGGACACGGUGACUGUAACACUGCCACACAUAUAUGUACCUGUAACGCAGGCUGGACAGGAUCAGGGUGUGAGGUCCCUGACUGUCCUGGAAGUCCAGACUGUAUGGGCCGUGGAACCUGUGACACAAACUUUGACCCACCUAAGUGUAUGAAUUGUGAAGUGGGAUGGAUGGGACCAGCGUGUGAUGACCCUUGUGUCAAUGGUACACAGAAUCCACCUAAUAGUGGUUUUUGUGAGUGUGACCCUUGUUACUUUGGCAAAGGCUGCAACAGCGAAUGUGCAGGAAACGGACAGUGUGUGGCAGAUGUAUGUGAAUGUGACACAAGCUGGAGAGGCUCAUUGUGUGAAGUCCCAGGCUGUCCAGGAACAAAGUAUGACUGCUCACAACAUGGAGAGUGCAACAGUGCCAAUCAUGAGUGUACCUGCUUCCCAGGGUGGACUGGCGCUGCAUGUGAUGAGGCUGACUGUCCGAAUAACUGUACACAGAAUGGAAUCUGUAACACCACAGAUGUAGUAGUGCCGGAGUGUGUCUGCUACGAGGAUUGGAUGACAUUUGAUUGUAGUAAGCCAUGUGUCCAUGGCAACAAAACUGACAAUAUUCGUUGUACGUGUGAUCCCUGCUAUACUGGGGCAGGUUGUGACCUGGAGUGUUCUGGCAAAGGAGUCUGUGACAAUGGAGUUUGCAAUUGCACCAGACUACCAGGGAAUGCCUAUGUGGGUAGCUUGUGUGAGGAGAAGGGCUGUCCUGGUGCUGAUGGAGCCUGUAACCAACAGGGCAGCUGUAAUUCUGUUCUCCAAGAGUGCACCUGUUUCCCAGGCUUUAAGGGAUAUGACUGUUCAGAACCCAGCUGUCCAGGGACCCCAGAAUGUUCAGAUAAAGGUACCUGUGUUGCUGGAACUUGUAUGUGUGAUUCAGACCGAAUAGGUGACUAUUGUCAGCUUCCCUGUUACAAUGGCACAAACAUCAAUGGAGAAUGUGUGUGUAACAAGACUUGUAUCACUGGUCCAUUCUGUCACCUGGAAUGCUCAGGAAAUGGGCUGUGUGACACCAACGGUGAAUGUGUCUGUGACUUCAAUGAUGGCUUCAAGGGAGAUAAAUGUGACAAGCCUGGCUGUCCAGGGUGGCCCGAGAAUUGCAUGGGACAUGGAUCGUGUAAUGAGGUGACUGGAGAAUGCCAGUGUGACUCCAACUGGAAACAACCUGCCUGUGCCAUACCCGAGUGUCCCAAUGACUGUAAUAAUGACCCUGACGCCCAGUGUCUGGAACCGCCUGGUGGUGGAAUACCUCGAUGCUUCAACUGUUCCUCCAACAAAAUGGGAGAUGCCUGUGAAUAUGACUGCUUCCAUGGUGUAGGUGUAAGGGAUGCCAAUGGUAACUGGGAAUGUGAAUGUGACUCCUGCUAUAGUGGCACCACCUGCAACUUGUUAUGUAAUGGCCAGGGUUCCUGUACAGGAAACGGAACAUGUGACUGUGGAUUCAAUGGGUACAGGGGAAGUCUGUGUGAUACACAUGGUUGCCCAGGUUAUGAUGUAGACUGUAGUGGACAUGGAAACUGUGGUGGGUCUCACAGCUGUAUUUGUGAUGCAGGAUGGACUGGAAUAGGUUGUCAUAAAGGGGCAUGUUCCAACAAUUGUACUGGGCAGGGAACCUGUAUUGAUACCCUUACCCUAACAACCCCAUACUGUUCCUGUGAUGCCAAUUACUUUGGAUCUGCUUGUGAGUAUAUAUGUACAAAUGGUUCAAUGGCCAAUGGUACCUGUGUCUGUGACCCCUGCUUUGAUGGACUUGAGUGUGAAACAGAAUGCUCCAAUCGAGGCACAUGUACAAAUGGUAUCUGUGAGUGUGUGAGUAGUCGAGGCACAUACUGUGAGACUAAUGGCUGUCCAGGUCUGUACAAUUUGGAUUGUUCAGGUCACGGGUCAUGUAACACAGCUACAAGUUCCUGCACUUGUAAUACAGGUUGGAUUGGCACUGAUUGUGCAACUCCAGAUUGUCCAUCAAAUUGUAACAACCGUGGUCAUUGUAAUACAACAUACACUGUGCCUGUGUGUACAGACUGUGAGAAGGGCUGGAUGGGAAGUGCCUGUGAUAUACCUUGUAAUGGCACACAGUCUCCAAUGGAUAGUGGCACCUGUGUGUGUGAUAGCAACUGUCAACAUGGGACAAGCUGUGAGCUCACUUGCAGCAAUGUUGGAAGCUGUGUCAAUGAGACCUGUGUUUGUACAGACUCCACAGGCUACAGUACAGGAGCCUGGGGUACUUACUGUGAGGAAGUUGACUGUCCUGGACGACAUAUGCCCUGCAGUGGCAAUGAACUGUUCUGUAUUAAAACUCUGCCUACACCUAUGUGCAUCUGCAAGGCUGGAUUUUUUGGUCUGGGCUGCCAGAAUGUUGACUGCCCUGGCCAGCCAGACUGUAGUAAUCAGGGUGUAUGUCAGAGCGAUGCCACCUGUCUUUGUAACAAUAUGACCAUGGGCUUACAAUGUGAGCUGCCCUGUGAGAUGGGCACUGCUGCUCAGAGUGGUAACAUGUUCAGCUGUGAAUGUGAUGACUGUAUAUCAGGAACGGGAUGUGACAGUGUUUGUAAUGGCCAUGGAACUUGUAAUGGAACAGGCACAUGUAUCUGUGAUUCAGCAUGGUGGGGAGCCUUAUGUACAGACCCAGGAUGCCCUGGAGUUGGGUCCAGCUGCUCUGGACAUGGUAACUGUCUUGCUGGCUCAUGUUCAUGUGACCAGUACUACAAGGGAGCAGGUUGUGAAGAGGUUUACUGUACAGAUGACUGCAACAACAGAGGUACCUGUGACUAUAACAACUAUUGGCCUCCAAAAUGUAUAAACUGCAAUGACUCCAUUGGACCUAAAUGUGAGAAAGACUGUAUCCAUGGGACAGAGUUGUCUCCCUUCAGCACAGUAUGUGUGUGUGACGACUGCUACAGUGGAUUUGACUGUUCCAUUCAGUGUUCCAAUCAAGGAUUGUGUAACUCCACCUCCAAUAGUUGUGAUUGUGAAACUGGCUUCAAGGGCAGCAUCUGUGCUGACCUGGAUUGUCCAGGUGAACCUGACUGCAGUAACUAUGGAACAUGUAUGAGAAGUAACAAUGAGUCCAUCUGUUCCUGUAAUGCUGGAUUUACAGGAGCUGACUGCUCUGACUUCAUCUGCCCUGGAACACCUACUUGUAGUGGAAAUGGUGCCUGUAUCUUGGCCACAGGAUCUGUGGCCCCAUCCUGUGCCUGUAACCAUGGAUUUGGCAGUCUGGACUGCUCCUCUUGUCUGCAACAUUUUGCAUCACCAAACUGUGACAAAUGUGAGGCAGACUACAUUGGCUACAAUACCACAUGUGGAACACUGUGUAAACAUGGCUAUGCCACUGUGACAGGCGGAGAUGUGUGCCAAUGCUAUGAUGAUGAUGUGAAUGGUCAUUGGACUGGUCAAGCCUGUGAUGUCUGUCAGGAUGGCUGGGCCCUUCCCUCCUGUACCAGUUGUUCUCUCAACUACGUGGGGCCUGGCCACUGCAGUAUAACAUGUGUCACAGGCCAGGGUGUCUACGCUGACAAGUAUGACGGCACCAAUAUCACAACUGGAGUUCAGCCAGUCUUUAACUGUUACACAUUGGAGAAUAACGGACAGAAGACAGCCUGGUUUGGCUACAUUAACCCUAAUAUGCACAAUGUGUACAUCACAUCUGACACUGAAAACUACCUAAUGAAAUCAGACAUGACCAAAUACCAACCACUGACGAUGUUCAAAGCCAAUACUGUUGCAGAUUAUAUCUAUUCUGAAGGACCAUUCAAUGCCUCUGAUGUUCUCACUUGGAACUUAAGGACAACCCAGGCAAAUACUGGUGCUAGUUUGAAUGUUCCUCUCUCGGCAGCAGCAGUGUGUCCUUUUACACCUUCACAGCCGAUAUUUACCGAUACCACUGGAUACUGUAAAUGUGUUGAGGGCUAUUGGGGACCUUCCUGUGAGUAUGAAUGUCCAGGUGGAGGAUCCUACAGUUGCUUUGGUAAAGGGCAGUGUAAUGCAACAACUGGAGAGUGUACCUGUGUGAUAGGAGCCCAGGCUAGUACCAACUGCUCUGUGUGUCACACGGGCUGGACAGGGGAUGAUUGCAGCAUCGCUGUCUUUGCAGGAUCAACAACUUCAUCGAAUAUCAGCAUAUUUUAUGAAAGCGGUGGUGUAAAGACUUUUGAUGGAUCCCUUAUAACAGUACAAUCUCCUGGAGAGUAUAUACUAGCUCAAGGAACAUUAACUGGGACAGGCGAAAAUCUCGAAGUUACACGUUGUAACAUCACCUGGCACAUUAGAUAUAACAUCCACAUUGAUGGCAAGUGUAUCCGUGGGAACAGACACACUAGUGGUCGUCGCAGGUGAUGGAAACGUUGAUGAUACCAAAACUUACUUCAAUGGCAAGGAGACGAGCAUCGGAUCAGGAUUGCCUAUGGGCUCAGUUACUUGUGUAAGAAGCUCCACUACCAAGAUUGGCUGUUCUGAUAAU